CUAACGUUACUCAGUCAACCACAGGCAGCAGGGCAGGGCAGGGGAAGGGAAGGGAGGACUGACUGACGACGAGGGAAAGUGGGGAGAGAGGAAGAACUCGUGGCCUGCCUGACCUACCACCAUAUAUUUUCAUGCGAAGAAACUGCACGAUCAAGAACCCCUGUUUUUGGUCCCCCAAAAACGACUCUGGCCCGGGCCUCACUCAGUCCGCGGUCUUGAGUUGGGUAGCAGCGUGAUUGAAGCACGUCUAUCGGUGUCACAGCGCGUCUUUUCCACCAAGGAGGCAGUCAUGGGCGACAGCAGAGAUUCCCGCAGCCCAGACAGCUCCUCUGUGUCCUCCCCUCCCUCGGGCCAGCGCUCACCCCCCCUGACCCCCACAGCUGCUGCCAUGACGUCUCUGCCGCCCUUCACCUUGGCCGUCAACAGCCCCAUCAGCAGCAUGGGCUCGCCCUUCUCUGUCAUCAGCUCCUCUUUGGGGUCGCCAUGUUUGCCCGGGACACCCUCGGUGGGCUACGGCCCCAUUAGCAGCCCCCAGAUCAACUCCACAGUGUCCAUGUCGGGACUGCACGCGGUCAGCAGCUCGGACGACGUGAAGCCUCCGUUCGGGCUGGGGGGCCACAGCCCAGGGGGCCCCAUGCUCUCCCAGAAGCGCCUGUGUGCCAUCUGCGGCGACCGCUCCUCCGGUAAGCACUACGGAGUGUACAGCUGCGAGGGCUGCAAGGGUUUCUUCAAGCGCACGGUGCGCAAGGACCUGAGCUACACCUGCCGGGACAACAAGGACUGCCUGGUGGACAAGCGCCAGCGCAACCGCUGCCAGUACUGUCGCUACCAGAAGUGCCUGGCCUGUGGCAUGAAGAGGGAAGUGGUCCAAGAUGAACGACAGAGAUCCGUGCAGGAAGAGCGCCAGAGGAACAAGGAGCGGGAGAGUGAGGCGGAGUCGACCAGCGCCGUCAACGAGGAGAUGCCCGUGGAAAAGAUCCUGGAGGCCGAGAUGGCCAUAGAGCAGAAGACAGAGGUGCAUGCCGACGGGAGCUCUGAGGGCAGCUCGCCCAACGACCCGGUCACCAACAUUUGCCAGGCUGCAGACAAGCAGCUGUUUACCCUGGUGGAGUGGGCCAAGAGGGUCCCCCACUUCUCUGAGCUGGCCAUGGACGACCAGGUCAUCCUGCUACGUGCCGGUUGGAACGAGCUGCUGAUUGCCUCCUUCUCUCACCGCUCCAUCAGCGUGAAAGAUGGCAUCCUACUGGCCACCGGCCUGCAUGUGCACAGGAACAGCGCCCACAGCGCUGGCGUGGGAGUCAUCUUCGACAGGGAGAGUGCGCACAAUGCAGAGGUUGGGGCCAUAUUUGACAGAGUUCUCACUGAGCUGGUCAGUAAGAUGAGAGACAUGCAGAUGGACAAGACCGAGCUCGGGUGCCUCCGAGCCAUCAUCCUCUUCAACCCAGAUGCCAAGGGCCUUUCCAGCUCCAGUGAAGUGGAAUUGCUGAGGGAGAAGGUGUACGCAUCGCUGGAGUCCUAUUGUAAACAUAGAUACCCCGACCAGCAGGGCAGGUUCGCUAAGCUCCUCCUCCGGCUGCCAGCUCUACGCUCCAUUGGCCUGAAGUGCCUGGAGCACCUGUUCUUCUUCAAGCUGAUUGGCGACACCCCUAUCGACACGUUCCUCAUGGAGAUGCUGGAGGCGCCCCACCAGCUGACCUAGGAACCAGGUUCUGCUCUGGUCCAUCAGGGGUUCUAGUUCUGGCACCCUGGUACUGGGACUUCACCAUGUCUGCUGGUUUUGACGUCCCGCUCACACAAACCCCACCACCCCUUCUUCACUCAUUACAUCCCCCCAAGCUGAUACAGCUCCAAAAGACCAUAUGCUGUCAAAAACAAACACUUCUUCCAGAAACACAUACUUUUUCACAGUAGGGGUUAAGACACAUGGAUAUAUCUCAUUUUUAACCACAUAUACAAGUUUUAUCAUGAGUUAGCCUUCAGUUUGUAGCCUUCAGCUUUGAGUGUAAAUGCUUCUGCGAUAUCCGGUAGACCUCUCUGCUUCUUGUGGGAUUCGUAGGUUAUUCAGAUACAUUGCUGUACGCAUAGAUAUGACGAGUGGCUUACUCUGUCUUUGGUUUUACUCUUGGGUUUACCCCAAACCUGCCAUAAUCAGGUGCGUAAUAUUUCAAUCAAGUCUCCCAACUUUUCCAGCUUCUAUUGGUCGGGACACAACCAACGGAGGCAGACGCGCCCCUCUCAGUUCACCAAUCUGAAUGUGAUUUGAAUACUAUGCUUUAUUCACGCUGAAAUGCGCUGAAUUUGUUUUGAAGUACUGUACUCAUAAAAUGAGACCUUUUUUAAGGCAUUGAAAUCCAAGGAGGGGGCACUUUGAUUGGCCCUUCUUAAAGCUCACACCAGGCUUUCAAAGAAAGAAAGUGACUUAUAGGAUGUUUUCUUUUGUUUCAUUGUGGCGUUUGGUCUUCAAGUCCAAACAAGGGCCAUUGGGCACAGAAAGUGCAACCUUGUUCAAGAGCACUGCGUUCAUUGGUGCUGUUGUAGAUCUUUCUUUUGUUUCAUACCCUAUCCUUGCUAAUGGUCAUUUUUGCACUCUGUGAAACGUUACUGUGUAAGUAAACAUUUAGCAGAAACCCUUCUGCCCAUCUUUAAGAAACUGGGGGCGACCACAACACACACGUCAUCGAACGAACCUCUCCCCAUCUUUCAUCAUAUGUCUUCAUAAGAACCAAUAUGUUAAUUGGGUGCUUUGUUCUGUGAAAUGGCCGUCCGUUCUAAAAAAAGCCAGGAUAUCAUUGGAUAUCUUGUUCUAUCGGCCUACAAUACCCCUACAAACCCCCCUUCUGAAUCCUCCGCUUGUUUCAUUCAGUGCUUGCAGCCUCUUUCCGUUAACUUUUUACAAUCUGUAAAUAACAUGACACAUCUACUACUUCACUAGAGUACGAUUGGGUAAUCCCAAUCUAUGCAUACAGUAGGGAAGACACAGGCGUUAGCGAGCAUAUUAAUACCCACACACAACAAAAAGUAUGCACCGAUAGCACAAGCUACAGUAUGAACAGCUAUUUUACACAUUCAACUUGAUCUGUAAAAAAACUUUAAGGGUUUUACCAAUAGACUGGAUUUUAAGCUUGAAAAACCCACCUAAUUGUCACUGACUAGUAGGUUGCUAGUAGUUGUACUAGUAGUCGUACUAGUAGUCGUACUAGUAGUCGUACUAGUAGUUGUACUAGUAGUUGUGAUGCUAUUCUUUCGGGUCACUGUCGGCAGUGUCACGGGCAGGGCGAUAGACCCCGCCCCCUUAGGCUGACCAGCCUCAGACGAUACUUCCUGUUUAGCGUGGAGCUGAUCGGCAGGCUUCAGCGGAUGUAAUGUGUGGUCUGCUUACACAAAGCUAUGCACCGGGGGCUGAUUCAGCUCCCCAUAACAGAAAUGGAUGUCAACACAUAA